AUGUCAUCACGAAGGUCGAUCUACUUCAACCCCGCGGCUGCAAAUGAAAGCAUUGCCUCCCCGCAAAUCGAAGGCCUAACAGCAUUCCACCAAUCCUUCCCCAACUAUGCCCCAACUCCACUAGUCCAACUCCCAGAGCUCGCAGCCGAGCUAGGCGUUGGCCACAUCCUCGUGAAAGAUGAAAGCAACCGCUUCGGCCUACCGUCAUUCAAAGUUUUGGGCGCGUCAUGGGGUUGUUCCCGAGCGAUUGCAGCGCACCUCGGCCUGCCCUCUACGGUCUCGCUGGAUGAACUUUCAAGCCGAGCAAAAGAAUUCUCGAUUGUUUUGACGACAGCCUCGAUGGGAAACCAUGGACGGGCAGUUGCAUUUAUGGCUCGACUCCUCGGCAUCGAGGCGCGGAUCUUUGUUCCUCGGUCUUUGAACCAGUGGACUCGGGAUCUUAUCGCCGGGGAAGGGGCUCGGUUGGUUGUUGUUCAGGGCGACUAUGAUCAGGCCGUACAGGAGGCCGUCAAUGAGGCGCGUGUGGGACAAGGUGUACUUCUAAUCCAGGAUACGGCGUUUGAGGGGUAUGAGGAUGUUCCUACGUGGAUCGUGGAGGGCUACUCUACUAUGAUGCAUGAAGUCAAGAACGAACUUGCUCGGCUUGGUCUGGCGGGUAGUCUGAUGAUCACCCCUGCUGGUGUGGGUAGCCUUGCGCAUGCAGUCGCGAAGCACUGCAAGUCGCAGAGCCCGCCUAUAUCUGUCGUCGCUGUCGAGCCUGACACGGCUGCGUGUCUGUCUUCUAGCUUGACUGCUGGGAAACCAGUUACUGUCCAGACUUCUUCCACGAUCAUGGAUGGUAUGGACUGCGGCACAGUAUCUUCUACGGCCUGGCCUGAUAUGCAGCGUUUGGUUGAUGCUUGUGUCACCGUCUCAUCCUAUGAGAGCCAUAGCGCCGUGCAGUAUCUGACUUCCAAUUCCGUGGCAGCGGGGCCAUGUGGAGGUGCAUCAUUGGCUGCACUGCGACGGCUGGCUGUCUCAAAUGAGGCUGCGUCACUUCUGAACAAGGAUUCUGUGGUCAUUCUUCUCAGCACUGAGGGUGCACGCGAGUACCCAGUUCCAAAAGACGUCGCUGUUGACGAUGUCGUGGGACUAACUCAAACACUCACUCAAAUCAACUCUUCUAACCCAACCUUGUCUGUAACAGACGGGGUGGGUGAGACCGAAAUCGCAAACUACCUUGCUGCCUGGUUUGCCCAUCGGGACAUCGAGUACCACUGGAUUGAGAAGGUCGCUGGACGACCAUCCCUUGUGGGAGUCUUGCGAGGCAGCGGAGGUGGCAAGUCUCUCAUGUUCAAUGGUCACACAGACACCGUAAGUCUCUCCAGCUAUGAGGCAGAUCCCCUGUCCGGGUCUAUUGGAACCAAGAAUGGAAAAGAGGUUAUCUUUGGUCGAGGCUGCCUCGACAUGAAGGGAGGUUUGGCCGCAGGGUUAGCUGCCCUUGCAGCAACAAAAGCUAGUGGCCGCGUACCUCGGGGUGAUGUCAUUGUGGCUGCAGUAUCAGACGAAGAGGAUGCCUCACAGGGAACUCAGGAUAUCACCGAGGCUGGCUGGCGUGCUGAUGCUGCUGUACUUCCUGAGCCAACCCAAGGCGUGAUAUUUACCGCCCACAAAGGAUUUGUGUGGGUGGAGGUUGAUAUCUUGGGAGUUGCUGCGCACGGGUCCGAUCCUGUGUCAGGAGAAGAUGCCAUCAUGUAUGCCGGAUCCUUCUUGCAGGCUUUGGAGAAGUACCAAUCUCAGCUGCCAGUCGAUAAUCUCCUGGGUCAGGGUUCGCUACACUGUGGCUUAAUUCGGGGUGGCGAAGAGCCUUCCUCUUACCCAGAUAAGUGCACUAUCACUGUCGAAUUCCGCACUGUCCCAGCCCAAACGGAGCAGGCUAUCUUAGGAGAUAUCAGCGCGCUGCUGAAAGAGAUAGCGGAGCAGAAGGCUGGUUUCAAAUAUGCCGAGCCGCGCAUUACCAUGUCGCGCCCUACACAGAAGGUGGCAGCUGAUCAUCCGUUCGUGGAGAGGGCGAUUGCUUGUGCCUCUGCUGUGCUGGGGAGCAAACCUGCCGUUAAGGCUGGUCCGUUUUGGACUGAUGCGGCAUUGCUCGGUGCUGUUGGUAUCCCCUCAAUUGUGUAUGGCCCUGCAGGAGAGGGCCUUCAUGCUAAGGAGGAAUGGGUCGAGGUUGAGAGUCUUCAACAGUUUGAGAAAGUGUUUACUCGGCUUGUGCAAGACUUUUGUAAUUGA